GGCACCAUGGCAGCCGCCGGCGAUGCCGGCCUCGACGUGGCGGCGGUGGAAAGUUUCCUAGAGAGGCACCCGGAGCUGGUGGAGAAGUGGCUGCAGAGGAAGAACUCGCUCCCUAAAGCGCCUGCCGUCCCCGCCGCCCCCGCCGGCGGCCCGUCGGAGGAGCGGCGGAACAGCGACGGCCCCGGCGGCAGCUGGGGGAGCGCGGGCGGCCCUGGCGGUCCCGGCCCCGGUCCUGGCCCCGGGGGGCUGCAGCGCCGAGCGUCCCAGAAGGAGCUGCGGAAGAGCUUCGCCCGCUCCAAAGCCAUCCACGUCAACCUCACCUACGACGAGCAUGUGCACGCCCGGGCGCAGGAGCCGCUGAGCAGCGUGCGGCGGCGGGCGCUGCUGCGGAAGGCCAGCUCCUUGCCCCCCACCACCGCGCACAUCCUCAGCGCCCUGCUGGAGUCCCGCGUCAGCCUGCCCCAGUACCCCCCCACCGCCCUGGACUACAAGCGCUACCUCAAGGAGCACAACGAGCGACAGUUCUUCCUAGAACUGGUCAAGGACAUCUCCAAUGACCUGGACCUCACCAGCCUCAGCUACAAGAUCCUCAUCUUCGUCUGCCUCAUGGUGGACGCGGACCGGGGAUCCCUCUUCCUCGUGGAGGGGACCUCCGCCGGCAAGAAGACCUUGGUGUCCAAAUUCUUCGACGUGCACGCCGGCACCCCGCUGCUGCCCUGCGGCUCCACCGAGGACAGCAACGAGGUGCAGGUGCCCUGGGGCAAGGGCAUCAUCGGCUACGUGGCGGAGCACGGAGAGACGGUCAACAUUCCCGACGCCUACCAGGAUCGACGCUUUAAUGAUGAGAUUGACAAACUGACUGGAUACAAGACAAAGUCACUCUUGUGCAUGCCCAUAAGAAACAGUGAUGGAGAGAUUAUUGGUGUUGCCCAAGCAAUAAAUAAAACUCCAGGAGGUGCCCCUUUUUCUGAUGAUGAUGAAAAGGUGAUGCAGAUGUACCUCCCCUUCUGUGGGAUUGCCAUAUCCAAUGCCCAGCUAUUUGCAGCUUCAAGGAAGGAAUAUGACAGAAGCAGGGCUUUACUGGAAGUAGUGAAUGACCUCUUUGAGGAACAGACUGACUUAGAGAAAAUUGUCAAGAAAAUUAUGCACCGGGCCCAGACCCUCCUGAAGUGUGAGCGGUGCUCAGUGUUACUUCUGGAAGACAUUGAAUCACCAGUGGUGAAAUUUACAAAAUCUUUCGAAUUGUUAUCUCCAAAAUGCAGUGCUGAUACUGACAACAGUUUCAAAGACAGCGUGGAAAAAUCAUCUUAUUCAGACUGGCUAAUAAACAACAGCAUUGCUGAACUCGUCGCUUCCACAGGUCUCCCAGUGAACAUCAGUGAUGCCUAUCAGGAUCCCCGCUUUGAUGCUGAGGCUGACCAAAUUUCUGGCUUUCACAUACGAUCUGUUCUUUGUGUUCCAAUAUGGAACAGCACCCACCAAAUAAUUGGGGUAGCUCAAGUGUUGAACAGGCUUGAUGGGAAAUCCUUUGACGACGCUGACCAGCGACUGUUUGAAGCUUUUGUUAUUUUUUGUGGCCUGGGUAUCAACAACACAAUCAUGUAUGACCAAGUGAAGAAAUCCUGGGCAAAACAGUCUGUGGCUCUUGAUGUGUUGUCUUAUCAUGCAACAUGUUCGAAGGCAGAAGUUGAUAAAUUCAAGGCAGCAAACAUCCCUCUGGUGUCAGAGCUUGGCAUUGACGAUAUCCAUUUUGAUGACUUCUCGCUUGAUGUGGAUGCCAUGAUUACUGCAGCCCUGCGGAUGUUCAUGGAACUUGGAAUGGUUCAGAAAUUUAAAAUUGACUACGAGACGCUGUGUAGGUGGCUUCUGACGGUGCGGAAGAACUAUCGAAUGGUCCUGUAUCACAACUGGAGGCAUGCUUUCAACGUCUGCCAGCUGAUGUUUGCCAUGUUAACUACCGCAGGAUUUCAGGAGAUUCUAACUGAAAUUGAAAUUUUAGCUUUGAUUGUGGGAUGCUUGUGUCACGACCUUGACCACAGGGGAACCAACAAUGCCUUCCAAGCCAAGAGUGGAUCAGCCUUAGCUCAGCUCUACGGCACCUCUGCUACCUUGGAGCACCACCAUUUCAAUCAUGCUGUCAUGAUUCUCCAAAGUGAGGGUCACAACAUCUUUGCUAACUUGUCCUCUAAGGACUACAGUGACCUUAUGCAGCUUCUAAAGCAAUCGAUAUUGGCAACAGACCUCACUCUGUAUUUUGAGAGAAGGACCGAGUUUUUUGAGCUUGUCAGUAAAGGUGGUUAUGAUUGGAAUAUAAAAAACCACCGAGAAGUAUUUCGAUCAAUGCUAAUGACAGCCUGUGACCUUGGCGCUGUGACCAAACCGUGGGAGAUUUCAAGACAGGCAACUGAGCUGGUAACCAGUGAGUUCUUUGAACAAGGAGACAGAGAAAGAUCUGAACUCAAACUCACCCCUUCAGCCAUUUUUGAUCGGAACAGGAAGCAUGAACUACCCAGGCUGCAGCUCGAGUGGAUUGAUAGCAUCUGCAUGCCAUUGUAUGAGUGUCUAGUGAAGCUGAAUGUGAAACUGAAGCCUAUGCUGGACUCCGUGGCAGUAAAUAGAGGUAAAUGGGAGGAACUGCACCAGAAAAGACUUCCUUCUCAGGCAGCAUCCUUGUCCUCCUUUUCCUCUAGCUUCACCACGUCUCUCAAAGACAUCAACUAAGCCUGCAAAUAUGAGUUCACUUUACAACAAGAGCUGUCUGAAAGGUUUUCAUAAGCUUAGACCCACCAUUUUUUAAGAAAUGCUUUCCCAGACAUGCCUAAUUGAUGGGAUAUUAUCUUGAUGGCAGCACAGUUUGCUUUUCCUGGAAGGCUUAGUGGGACUGAAGGGAAGCCUGCAGAGGGAUUGCGCUGGUAUCUGGAGCGACAUGCAACACUGAACAGAAGAAGCAUUCAUUCAGCUCCACUACAUUUCAACUGCUGCUGUAAAAAUCUGUAAAGCUGACAACAGACUGAAAUAUAAGAACUCACAGCUUAAUAAAAUUAAUAAUACAGAGCAGGACUGGGAUACAAGCUGGCCAAUUCAUAUGCAAGGAGCUGCAGAAAACAGAAUAGUGUGUAAUUACAUUGUUGUUUUGCAUCUCUUCAGUACAUGUUAUGAAUCAAUUAUGCCUGCUUUUGUGAUGCUCCUCUCUUACUCUCCCUCCUCUUUUAUGCCUGAAUGUUCAGAAAAGCCUGCUUUGUAUUCUGAAGAAGUAUUUUUUUACAACAAAGCUUCUUAGUGAUUGAUCAGGGACUUUAGAAUUGCCUACCUUUGCUACAUUUAAAAACAAACUUUAUUAUCUUUAAAAACACCAAGCUGUCCCUUCUUCCCUGAGAAAUUCCUAUUAACACUGCAGCAAAUUUCUCAGCAAGAGGAAGUUUGCAUAAAGGCAAAAUAUUGCAUGGUAAUUUUAGAGUGGGUUUUUUUCAUUUAAAAAAUGCUCUUAUAACACAUUAUUUUUUUUAAUUAUAGUGUUGCCUAAGGAAAAGAUUAAUGGGGUUUUUUUUGAAAAUAGAAUACAAAUAAAAAAGGAAAGCUGUUGCUUUGUGCUUCAGGUUUAAAUUACGUUGAAAGCAGAACAUGGCUAAGCCUUUCUACUAUAAUUUCCGGUAGAAAUUAGUAUUUUGAAAUGGUAGAGAGGUAGAAUAUCAUCACACUGGACCACCCCUUACUCUCUCACAGUUCUUUCAGUACAAUAUCAAGUGCUAUUACUGCAGCUAGCACAGCACUAGUCAAGGCUCACAUGUUGACACCUGGGGUAAAGGUGUCCCUAAAUUCUAAUCAAAUAUCAUAGGUCACAAAACCAAAUGUCUCUCUGUGAUGACCCUAGUAUUACCUGAAAGUUGGUCUCCUUCCAUUAGUGUGAAGAUCACUAAUGCAGCAAACCUGUGAUUUGAGGGUGUUUUCUCUGCUGUAUGUCCAGACACAAGAGGAGUCAUG